AUGGCUGCAGCAACCGAUACUCACCCAUCCACAGACCCAGAGGUCUAUGCCGAGUAUGCCUCCAAAUGGUCUUCUCUCCCAGACAGCGAGGAAACCUGGCUCCAGCGCGCCAAGGAUGUCGCCGCCGUCCUCGCCAAAGAUGCCAGCAUCCGCGAGCGCGAGAACAAAUCCCCUCGAGCAGAGAUUGCCCUGCUGAAGAACUCGAAUUUGACGAAGCUGCUUGGGCCCAAGAAGUAUGGAGGCGGUGGACAGCCGUGGAGCACAGCGUACAAGGCGAUUCGCGAGGUAGCCAAAGCUGACGGUUCCAUCGGGAUGCUGCUUGGAUAUCACCUGCUGUGGUCCACAACGGCCAACGUAGUCGGCACACCAGAGCAGAUAGACCGCUUCCAGGAGCUCAUUAUCUCCAACAACUACUUCCUGGGAGGGGCAGUCAACCCAAGAGAUAGCGACCUCAAGGUGACUGAUUCAGGAGACAAGCUCGUGUUCAACGGCGUCAAGCACUUCAACACGGGCGGUGUCGUCUCCGACCUGACAGUGCUGGAAGGUGUCCUCGAGGGCACCGAGAACCACGUGUUUGCCAUCGUGCCGACCAAACAGGAUGGAAUCAAAUUCAAGUAUAAUUGGGACAAUGUGGGCCUCAGGUUGAGCGAGAGCGGCGGAGUGACGAUUGACAAUGUGUCUUCUCCGUGGAGUGACGCCUUGGGCUGGGAUGGAGAGAAGAAACAGCCCAUUGCUGACAUCGUCGGUGUGCCGUUCGGCUCACUGCUGCUUCCAACCAUCCAGCUUGUCUUCAGCAAUUUCUACCUCGGAAUCGCCCUGGGGGCCCUGGACUUCGCAUCCAAGUACACAGUGUCGAAUACCAGGCCCUGGCCAUUCGGUGGUGACAAUAAAGAGAAGGCAACAGACGAGUUUUAUAUUCUCUCCAAAUACGGCAACUUCUUAGCCCACCUCCGUGCAGCUGAGAGUCUCACGGACAAGGCUGGCUUGAUCCUGGACUCUGUCUACGAGAAAUACUCGACAAGACGCAGCGAGCUCCCUGCCCGCGAGCGCGGCGAGCUCGCCGAGUGGGUGGCCAGCGUCAAAGUCGUGACCACGGACACGGGCCUGCGGGUGACUUCGGGCGUGUUCGAGGUGACAGGAGCCAAGGCGACGGCUGCGAAGGUGGGACUGGACCGUUUUUGGCGCGACAUCAGGACGCACACGCUUCAUGAUCCCGUGGCGUACAAGGAGAGAGAGCUUGGCCGAUAUCAGCUUCUUGACGAGGUGCCAACGCCGACAUGGUACACUUGA